AGGUGGUCAUAUUGUAGCAUUUGGGGGAUGUGAGGUGAGGAAAAGAGCUAUUGAAGUGCAGAAUGAGAAAGCUAAGGAGAACAUAACAUAUGCAGAAGCUGUUAAAGUGGUCAUUGCAAGGAAAAAAGAGAAAGUGAAAGAUGUGCAACAAGAGGAUAGGGUCGAGGUUAAUUCAGAGUUGGAUGGUAGGAUCAAAGAGGAUACUAUGAUUGUGAGCAAAGUAAAUUUUUAGUUAUUCAUAGCUGAGGUAAUUAAUUGCACAGCCCAAACAGAAAAGAAAAAAAUUAAGAUCCAAAUAAUAGUCAGGGCAGCAGAGAGGUUUUUAGGAGUAAAGGAUAUAUCAUGGGUAAAGAUCAGGGAUGGGCUGGUGACUGAAUCCCAGUCAAGUCAGGAAGCUUGGAUUGGAUAGGAGGGAUGAUUUUAAUCUUACAAUGGAAUGCGAGAAGUCUUGUGGCUAACGGAUUGGAAUUUAAAAGUGUUAUCAAUGAGUUGGAAAGUAAACCUGAUUUAAUAUGUAUACAAGAGUCUUGGCUUAAACCCAGAUUUGAUUUUGUUUUAAAAGGAUACGUUAGUGAGAGAAGAGAUCGUGAGGAGGGUAAUGGUGGAGGGUGUAUUACUCUGAUUAAGGAAGGUAUACAAUAUAGAACGUUAGGCAAAGGUGUAAUAAAAGAGUAUGUAAUAGUAGAGGUUUGGGUGAAUGGAAUAAAUUAUGUAAUAAUAAACUAUUAUAAUCCUUGUAAGAAAUUACUGUUGAAUGAGUUAGAACAAAUAGAGGGUCAAAAUGAAGAUAGGGUGAUUUGGUGUGGGGAUUUUAAUGCACAGAGCACGUUAUGGGGAGGUUUAGUGACAGAUUGCAAUGGAUUGGUGGUGGAAGAUUUGAUAGACAGGAGAAAUUUGGUAUGUUUAAAUGAUGGGAAUAACACAAGGGUAAAUGUGGCAACAGGUAAAGAGUCUGUGCUUGAUUUAACAAUGGUGUCUGACGCAAUUGCAGGGAGUGCUGAAUGGGAAAUAAUGAGACAAGACACUAUUGGGAGUGAUCACUACCCUAUUAUGAUAUCAAUAAGAGUAAACGCAAGAAGAAAUGGUGUAAGUAAAGGAAGUAUUUGUAAUUGGAAGUACGACAAAGCGAGUUGGGAAGAAUUUACGAGAUUAAGUGAAGAGGGUUUAAAUAAUAUUAUAGUAGAAUCAGAUAGGUCGGUAGAGAUGAUAAGUGAAGAAAUAGUACAAGCGAUACUAAUUGCAGCAAAUAAGUAUAUACCAAAGGGCAGAGGGGGAAGAAAGAAUAAGAUAGUCCCAUGGUGGAAUGAAGAAUGUAAAAAUGCUAUAAGAAAGAAAAGCAAAGCAUUUAGGAGAGUUAGGAAAACAUAAUUUUCAAGAUUUAAUAGACUAUAAAAAAGCACAAGCAGAUGCAAGAAGGACAGUAAGAAAAGCCAAAAUAGUGUAUUGGAAGUCAUACUGUAAUGAAAUGGGUAAGAAUACACCAGUAGAGGAGGUGUGGGGCAUGAUUAAGAAAAUGAAAGGAAUUAAAAAAAUAAGGAAUGUCCCGUUUUAAGUAUUGGAGGGGAAAUUGCU